AGAGGGCUGCUGGUCUCAUUGAGUCUAUUCUCUCCUCUGUACCUGGACAAGAUCACAUCUUUCCGGUUCUUCACAGUGCGCACCACUGAACAGCUGGAGCUUUAGAGAGGAAUGAACCAUUUGUUCAGAUGGAGAAGGCUUGCCAGACUGAUGUUCAUGCUGCAAUAUUUUGUCAUUAAUGUUCUCUGUGCUUCCCAGCAAACAGUCCAGUCUGAGAUUCAGCAGGUGAAAGGCAUCGUGGGACAGUCUUUCUCUUUUCAAGAGAGGGUGAUCAAGUCUGGCAAUUUACUUUAUGGAGAACUUGGCAGUAUUGCAAAUGUGUACCCUGGUAAACGAAGCAAAAUCACCCUUGAGAAGAGAUUUGAAAACCGCCUCCGCUUGAACAAUGUUACAAGAUACUUCACUCUGUCAGCCCUUCAGAUUGACGAUGCUGGGGUUUAUACUGUGGAGAAUACAGAUGAAGGGAAAAAAAUAAAAACAUUUGAGCUCACUGUAUACAAUGUUGUUUCCAAACCUCAGGUGACAGAGUGUAACAGCAGCUCCUGUAGUGUGGUGUGUUCUGUGGACAAUGAAAAAGAGGUGACCUUGACCUUGUACAGGGGAGAGGAAAUACUAAACCAAACCAGCAGUCCUGACCUCACCACCGAUCUCUCUCUCCGUUUGGAGGUAGAGGGAAAGAACUACAACUCCGCCUACAGCUGUGUGGCUUCCAACCCUGUCAGCAAUGAGACAGUUCUUGUCCCAAAAUGUUGCAGUGAAGAUGGUCGUGCUAAUGAUGCAGACAGUGAUGGGAUGACUCUGGGUAUGGUUAUUGCUGUAAUCUGCGUUUUGGUUGCCUCUGGGCUGGUUGGACUUGCAAUCUAUCUAAAGAAGAGUAGAAAUGAACACUCACAAGAUUCAGCUGGAAGAGUGCAGGUUGACAUUGAGUAUACAGAGAUAACUCCUAAAAAACGAACAGAUAACCAGGAGGAGCGAACAGAUAUACCAGAAUUGGAGUGGCGUAGAGACAACCCUAAGCUGACAUCAGUUUAUGAUACACUCCUGUUACAUCGCAUGGCUGCCAGCGGGGAUGUUGACACAGCAUGAAAGAGACAAAUGUGAAGUCAAUAGGAUAACUCACAUCAUGUAGGGGACAGUAUAUCAUGAAGAGGACAUUGAAACAAAACUAAAGUAAAAAAUGAUUCACCCAGAAAACCUUUUAGAGGCACAGUUGUUAUGGGAGAAAAAUCCCCUGGAACUGUUGUUCUGAUAUUAGAAUUUCAGGCUUCCUUUGUAGGUCAUUCUCACAAACCUGUCAAAUAGAGACCUCGAUGACAUUCACUGAUAAGGACCAAUUCAAUAGCUAUCCAUUGAGUUAGUAGCAGGAUAUCCUUCUUUUCAAGUGCCUUUUUCCCCAAAUCUCAAUGUAUAGGUUAAAACAAAUGAAACAUAUCUUUGAAUACAAUUCACUAGUGUGUUUGCUAUGCUACUGCUGGACCAACGCUUAUUUUCAGUAUGGUCUGUUCUGUUGAUUAAAAUGUAGGUGCCUCCCCUGUAUCUUUUUAUAGCUGGUCAUUGUUUAGCUUGCCAGUGGAUAGCAGCUGUGUACAUCAUAUAAAAAGAGCAGGCGUUUGAGAUAAAGCCACCUACUCCUUAGAAGCUAAGGCUGUUAGGCUGCUUUAGAAACAAAAGGUCCAUAGAUAAAAUGUUUUCUUUUCACCGUGUAUGUUGUAUUGAAAUAUUUCUGAGGGAUAGAUCUUGAUUUAAUUAAAUUGUAGCUCUUAAUUAGCUUGUUUAGUUUAUUAUGAUGGACCAUUUAUUGGUUGUCCUUAUCUAUGAAGCACAUCCUUCCUUAAGAAUACAAUAACUCCCUCCUGCAGACUCUGUAGACUCUCCUUCUAUCAGAGCAUGUUGUGCUCCACCUACAUUAUUGCAGCCUUUGUAUAUAUCUGUGCGAGCACAGGUUACUGUGACCCGAAAAUACCAAAUCUGUUGAUACCAUAGUGAGUUGUUGCACUGUAGGCAUUGUUAUACUUCUCUAUUUCAGAGUAGUUACUGAGACUGAAUAUGAAUAUGUAAUUCACGUUUCACUAUUUUAAAAUAAUCUCUUCACUUAUUCAAACUGAUGAAAAUAAACAUGUUGUACUGAGCUUCAAUAUAUUAAAUCAAAAACUUACCAAUACAUUUCA